AUGCCGUUUGAUGAGAAUGGUGGAGGCAGUUAUCAUUGUCAGGAUCAAGGAGAAUAUUCCUCAGAUUUGGAGAAAAGACAUGUAGGCUACGCAGGCGACGUAUACAGUGGAAGUGUUGCGGAGAAAUCAAUUUUACGGUCAAGGAUCGAAGGAAUAAAUAUGUCGAGACAGUGCGAGGCUGUGAAGGUGGUGGUGCGAUGCCGCCCAUUCAACAGGAGAGAGGAGACGAUGGACAACGAUAACAUAUUGGAGGUGAAUACAAAACUGGGGCAGAUCACAUUGAGGAACCCAAGGGCGUCACCUGAAGAGCUCGUGAAAUCAUUCACCUUUGAUGCAGUCUACGACUCUGAGUCGAAACAGAGCGAUAUUUAUGACGACACAGUUAGACCCCUUGUAGACUCCGUGUUGCAAGGAUUCAACGGGACCAUAUUAGCUUAUGGGCAAACUGGGACAGGUAAAACCUUCACCAUGCUAGGUAUGCCCACAGACAAUGAGAGAGGGAUCAUCCCAAAUUCAUUUAACCACAUUUUUACACAGAUCUCCAGGUCUCAGAAUCAGCAAUAUUUAGUGAGGGCAUCCUAUCUAGAGAUCUAUCGGGAGGAGGUCAGGGAUCUGUUAUGUAAGGACAACAACAAGAAACUAGACCUCAAAGAAAACCCAGAUUCAGGUGUCUAUGUCAAAGACCUGUCUUCGGUUGUCAGCAAGAAUGUCAUGGAGAUCGAACAUGUCAUGAACAUAGGAGACCAGUCCAGGUCUGUGGGGUUCACCAAUAUGAAUGAACGCAGCUCGCGGUCCCAUGCCAUCUUCAUGAUCACGGUGGAGUGCAGUGAGAAAGGUGCAGAUGGAGAGGACCACAUACGGGUUGGGAAGCUGAACAUGGUUGACCUGGCUGGCAGCGAACGCCAGAGAAAGACAGGUGCUAAUGGGGAACGCCUGAAAGAGGCUACCAAAAUCAACCUGUCCCUCUCAGCACUGGGUAAUGUCAUCUCAGCUCUGGUGGAUGGGAAGAGCACACACAUCCCUUACAGGGACUCUAAACUUACCCGCCUGCUCCAGGAUUCACUAGGUGGCAAUGCAAAGACGGUCAUGGUAGCCACUCUGGGACCAGCGUCCAAGAACUAUGAAGAGUCCCUAACGACCCUAAGGUACGCUAACAGGGCUAAAAAUAUAAAGAACAAACCCAAGAUCAACGAGGAUCCAAAGGAUGCUCUGCUGAGAGAGUUUCAGGAGGAGAUCACCCGCCUGAAGGCCCAACUGGAGGAGCGAGGGACGCUGGCGAAGGAGAGGAGGAGGAGAAGGAAUAGCAGAAGACUGACUAAAAGUAUGAUUGUGGAGGAUGUAGCCCACAGAGAAAGGGAUGCGGAACUGUGGAAGGCUCUGGAAGCAGAGUGGGAGCGGAAUGCAAAAUACUAUAUAAAGGAAGAACAGGAAAGCAAGAGGAAGAAAGAGGAGGAAAGAAGUAUAGCGAUAAGUAGAUUCAACUCCAUGGAUAACUCUAAGGAGCAGAUGGAAAAUGAAAGGAUGAUGGACCACAUGCAGAAGGAACAGGAAUCCAUGGAAAAGAUUAUUGAGAAAUACAAGGCUAUGGAGAGCAAAAUAUUGGCUGGGGGAAAGAACAUUAUUGACCACACUAAUGAGCAACAGAAGAUGCUGCAAUUGAAGAGGCAAGAGAUUGCAGAGCAGAUAAGACGGGAGAGAGAGAUCCAGCAGCAGGUGAUGGCUCAGGAUGAGGAGACAGGAGAGCUAAGAGAGACCUUCUCCUCCCUGCAGCAGGAGGUGGAUCUCAAGACCAAGAAGCUGAAAAGGUUGUAUGCCAAGCUGCAGUUGGUGAAGGCUGAGAUUGGGGAUGUCAUUGAUGAGCAUGUAGUAACCAGACAGGAGCUUGAGCAGACACAGAAUGAACUCACCAGAGAACUCAAGUUCAAGUAUCUCUUAAUUGAGAAUUUCAUCCCUCCUGAAGAAAAGAACAAGAUUAUGAACAGGCUUCACUUUGACAGUGAGGAGGACCAAUGGAGGUUUAGGUCCUCUGUUACUUCAGAAAGUAAAUCGGCUUAUCAGGUGAAACGAAGGCCCACUUCUGUGGUGGGAUACAAGAGACCUAUCAGCCAAUAUGCACAGAUGGCUGUCACAACAGGAGCUCAAUCUAGAUACCGGGCUGAGAAUGUAAUGCUCCUGGAGCUAGAUAUGAGCCCACCCACCAUGUACAACCUCAACCUUAAUGGAGCACACCUGGAGCAGGCCUUUGGAGGUCCCGGUAGCCCCAGGAGAGACCUGCUAGUCAACGUCCCCUUCAGGGACAGGACCACUGCAUCAGGAAGGGUCCGGAAGUCACGAUCCUGGUACCAGGCACCUCGUUCAUCCUCUUCAUGCGUCUCAUCCUCUUCAUCAUCCAGCUCUAUAACACAAGGACCCCAGACCCAGUGCUCUCCUCACCCUCAGAGACCCUCCUCAGCCAUCUAUACUCCAUUGGAAGGUGCCAUUCCAGGGAGCCCCUGA